AUGGCAGACAGCAAUGAGAUGACCAUCAACCUUGUUGUCCUUGGAAGAACUCAGACUGGCAAAAGCGCUGCUGGGAACAGCCUGCUGGGCAGCUCAGACUUUAAGAGUCAUCGCUCCCCAAGCUCUGUGACUACAUGCUGCAGCCUUGGACGCAGCUGCCGCAUUUCAGGGAUUAUACGAAAAAAUGGCUGUGAGCUAGCUCUCCGUGUUCAAGUACUUGACACUCCAAGCUACCCUCACAGUGAUCUGAGCAAAGACCAGGUGAGAGACACAGUGAGAUCAGCCCUGGCUCACCACUUUGGGGAGGAAGGCCUGCAUCUAGCUCUCUUAGUCCUGAGGGCUGACUUGCCUCUGUGUCCGGAUGAAAGAGACGACACAAUUCAGUUCAUCCAGGAACUUCUGGGUCCCACAUGGAAGGAUUUCACUGCAGUUCUACUUACUCAUGCAGACAAGGCAGAAGAGGCUGGAUUCAGUGAGGAAGCAUACUUGCACAGUGCCUCAAGUACCCUGUCGUCACUUUUGAGCUCAGUGCAGCAUAAAUACAUUUUCCUAGACAACCAGAAGAGCAUAAUUAAAGAGGAAAGAGCUAUUGUCUUAAGAAAGCUCUUGAAUUUUAUAAGACAAAACAAUUAUCAAGUGCUUCUACUUAAACACAGCAAGGAGUAAAAUUAGCUUUCAGGUGCUUAUUUGUCUAUUUUCUAUGGUAGGUAACAUUUAAUAGAAAUAAAAGACUAGAGACCAUCAACUGGAAAAUUCCACAUCCAUACCAAAUGCCUUUGAACACAGAGUUGGAAAUAUCUCUUUAGAUUACGAAACUACUUGCCUCUCAUAGAGUACCUCACACUACUGCAUCCAGAAUGCUAGCUUCAACCACAAAAUCAGAACAAAUUAAUGCUCUAAAUCACACUCCUAAUACAUAUGUAGUCCCAAAUGAGAUUUUAUGCUACACCAGACUGUAUAUUGCAGUUUGUACAGAACACAGAUCUGGAAGGAAAAAAAAAAGUAGAAAAUGCACAU